AAUCGUUGCUGGUGAAGGAGUAUUUGUCGUUGUCGCACUUGCAGUAUAUUUUGGGUGAGAUUCAAUGUACGAUACAAGGGUCAGAGGAAAAGACUUCGGAUUUUGUCAACAGGUUUUCAGCUUUAGCAAAUCAUUUUAUUGCUUGUUGCAUGGUGUUAUUUCAUGGACAAGGACAAGUCGAGACAGCUUGCACGAGGUUUGGUCUUGAACGGUAUUUCGCACAGAAUUUGUUCAAUGAGGUGACCGCGAGUUUCGUCAUGAGGUUGUUGAUUGACUUGGAAAAGCAAAAUGUGAACAAGGCUUUGAGUAUUGGGAGUUUGUUGCCAGCAUUGUAUCGAGAAGCUAAGUCCAUGGAUUUGACAACCGAUGCGUAUAGGAAUGACAGGUCAACGCAUCAUGAGGUUUCGUACGAUGAUGAGUCAGUGGAGGAUACCGACGAAGAUUCUCAGCAUUCAUCUUCGACUCAGGAUGAGCAGGACUUACGUGAAUAACAUUGGCCUAAUGCACUUUGCGCUCCUCAAUUGAAAUGACUUGAGGUGGCUGCCGGUUUUCUUGUUAUGCAGUAUCUUAACUUCAGUCAACUAGCUGUCUUAUCCGGUCGGUUUGGUAGGUUUUGGGUCGAAUAAAAUGGAUCCGAACUUUC